AUGGCUUGCACUCACUGUGCUGCUCAGCCGUUUCUCACUGCGCUGCUCUCCGACCUUCGCCACCCCACCGGGCGGUGCAACGGAGGGCGCAUCGGAUUACGAGGCAGCGUUCCAAAAGCGGCUGCAGCAGGUGAAGGAGACCCCCAGGAAGGCGAAAGCUCCUGCCAAGAAAGUCAAGAAGGAGGCCGCGACGCCCUCCUGGUGGGCCUUUUGGGAGAACCGUGCCGGAGCCGAAGGCGGAGAACGUCGGCCGUCGGCUUCCGACCGCGACAAGGCCAGGGCAAGAAUUUCCUGAGCCCGUCGGAGUGGAAUUAUUUCUUGAUCUUGUCGGGAGUUCUGGUGCUCCUCACCAGCGUGAUCUUCGCGUGGAAGAUGUCGCCCUGGGGCCGGGUUCGCUGGGGGCCACAGAUGAGCGCAGCCCAGCUACGGAGGGUUUGCCUUUUCGAUUUGGGCUUCUCCGAGCAAGAGAACUUGGCCGCAUGCCCGGGCGCACAGGUGGUGGUGACGAUCGAUGCGGAGAUGCCCAAUGAAAGCUCUGAGAAGUCGCAGGCACAGGUGACGACUGGCCAGCGGAUCGCUCCCAUCGCGGCGGCCUUGAUGAAGUGUGCGCGCACGCAGGAGCAGGGUCUGGAGAUUUUGCAAGCCGUCCAACAAGGAGGCGUUGCACCGCUCGAGAUCAGUUGUUCGGCUGAGGAAUUGGAACUGGCCUACCAGCGAUGCGUUCCCAUAUGGGAGAGAAACCAGGAGAAGGACAUUGAGGAGUUAGUGCCAAUCAGAUCCGACGCUGGGUUUUGGUCCAAGCGCUGCGACUCACGAGUCGCGACUCCCUGCAGGGUUUGA